AUGGAAGCAUAGUUUGCAGAUUCAUCUGCAAAGCUUACUGAGAAAGUGAAACUGCAGUGCAUAUAUAUAUUAAAAAAAAGAAAAGCUGUGAUAAUCCAGACAUCCUGGAUGAAACUUAAUGUAACUCAUAAGGAAAAUACAGCUGCCUUGAAUCCAGUUUACGGCAUACAUACCAGAGACAAAUACAAUAGAAGAAUUUAUUAUGAAAAUAGUCCUUAUCCUUCAUCAAGAUCCAUUGUAACUAACCCAGAGGGAAUUUUGAAAAAGGUAAUAGAAAUUACUCAUUCAACAGAUGCUUUUGAAGUGUCUGAAAAACAAAAUAAUCCCAUGUUUACCAAGCCAGGAGGAAAUGUUGCUUUUACUUGCCCUUAUAAAAUUGGAGAUUCAGUGCAGUGAGCAUUGUGGGAAAGGAUUAAAGCAGAUUGGGCUGAUAUUGUCAUUCUGUCAGGAAUGCAAAGGUUUGGUUCAGAUUUCAAAGAAUACCUUUCACCAGCUUUGUUGCCCUCCUCUGGGCACAUUCAAAUACCUCCACCUACUUCUAAAUUUGUGGGGCCCAGACAGCACAUAGUGCUUAAGGUUGCAGUUUUCAAAGAAAGCCUUUUUGCUGAGGCUAGAACAAAUGCAGCAGGUUUCCUGACAUCCAUCAUCAAGGCAGCAACUUGGGAUCACAAAUGGUUUAUUAUUACCAUAGCUGAAGGGAUUUCUGCUGCUGUUUCAGUGUUAGAUUUCCUACUAAUCUUCUGCAUCACCACUGCUUAUCACAAAAAACUGAAAAGGAGGAUCAGAGAGGCUUUAUCAAAAGCUUUGUACUCUACUCAGAUCUGGCCUCCUUCUAACAGUUAUGGAAGACCCCAUUUUCAUGGCAUACACAGCAGAGAAAGAAGAGGAGAAGAAUCAUCACUCUGGCAGACAGAGGAGAUUUAUGUCAACUGCGAAAAGUCUCACACAAACACGAGAAAAGACUAUUAG